AUGGACGUUCAGAACAAUUACCAAAGUUAUAAAGAACCGUCUCCGGACGCGAAGGAGACUAGUUUGAGUAUAGAAAGUGUACAUUCGGCGCAGCUGUCAAAGGGUGACAUGCAGUCGACAGCACUGAAUCAAACAAAAGCCUCUAAGCGCUCGUUCGACGUCGCCUUCCUCAUGAUGCCGGACGAAAAAGUGAGGCCGAAGCAGCCCGAGCGACAACUGAGGGUCUCCAAGCAGCUGUUCAAUACUGAAGAGUGGGAGCAACCUACGAAGAGAGUUGCCGAAGUUUACAAGCACAAUGAUCUUGACAACGGUACGGAACCGAAAGACCAAGACGAAGACAGGGUUCGUGUGAACAACAACAUAUCGCCAGGCUUCGGAUCCGAUGUCAACAUUGACGUGGGUACCGACGAAUAUCCCAGUAAGUCGACCUACUUCAGCGACUCGGACACUUCGGAGCGCUCCAGGAGCCGACCGAACUCCAACGAGAGCGCGACGCGCCAGCCAAAGUUCCUGCCCGAAUACAAAAGCAAGAUAUUCGACGAUCCAACAUUAAUAAGCAUGCAAUCCAGAGCCAGGUAUGAGAGGUAUGGAGAGAAAUUUCGAGAGGCGUCACCCAAAAGCGCCUUCACUAAGGUCUCCAACUACACCCUGAGAUCCCCGAAUCCAUCAGUGAGUCCAGACAAUCUCCUUUACCAGAACUCGAUCAGUCCACCGCUGUCCGCCUCCAGCCCCACAACUGGACCCUUCAACAAGGCAACGGCCUUCACUAAUCUGAUCACACCGGCACACCUGUUAAACAGCAACAGCUUCUUCAAAAGUCAGAACGUGCCUUCCUCGUCGCCAAACUACCCAGACUCCAACCUAAUCCCACAGAGGGCGCAAACCUUUAAAGCGAUGGAGUAUCAAGGUAAGCCGGCCGAUCCGAAAACGCCACAGAUCUCGCCCAACAAGAUGAACUUUCUGCCGUUCCGACCAGAAAUACCUUACCUCCAGGCGGGAUCCUCUUACCCGUUCGGCGUGCAGAACUUCCAGCAGCCGAACGCCGACUUCAUGAAGUUCCCCGUCUCGCCACGCGAGUCCGUGAGUCCGCUCAUAGCCAAUCCAGCGGCGGCCAUACUAAGCACCCUGCUGCCACCCACAUUAGCCGCGUUUUCCUUGCCAGCGCAAAACGUAUGCGCCAAAUGCAGCAUCAGUUUCCGGAUGACCUCAGACCUGGUCUACCACAUGAGGACCCACCAUAAGAGCGAGACGGCAACCGACCCCCACCGGAGGAAAAGGGAGGAGAAGCUGAAGUGCCCGGUCUGCAACGAGAGCUUCAGAGAGAGACACCAUCUGACCAGACAUAUGACCGCGCACCAGGACAAAGAGGGUGACAUGGAUGACAUAUCGCCGGCCAACUACAACAAGAAAAGCAAACAGUUCUACCCUCACAAUGGCUCCGUUCUCAAG